AUGGAGAGGCACUCAGAGACCCAAACAGGUGAAGGUGCAACCCAAGAAAUGCAGAAACAAAAUUUUAUACAAGAAGCAGUCACUACGUGCCAACAGAUCCUCGAGGCCAUGUACUGGGAUCUCAAUGCAGCUUGGCAACUGCAACAAAUCAUUUUUGAAAAGCCGUCUCUCGAGGAGAAAGAGAUCUACCACAAGCUGUGCGAAGCGGUUCGAGCUUUCAUAGACCAUGCGGUAUGUUGCAAACACGCUGCUGUUUUCCAACCAACAGAGACAUACCCAAAUUCUGAUCGGUGUCGCUUCUUCCUCUUCGAGCAUGGUUGGGCAUUUUUCGCCAUGUGCGCGCAUUCUGAAGCAUUCCGAGAAGCCUAUCACCACGAAGAGACUUUGGUUUGGGACGAGCUGAUGAAGCAGAUUGCUUUAAAUCGGCGUAGCAUUGAAGUUUUUGUCCGAUCCCGAAAUAUUGACUGGCGAGGAGUGCUUCUCCCCUACCUCCGAUGGGAGAUACCGGGGAUGUUUGAAGCAGUUGGCGUCGAGGCGAAUAUAGGUAAGGAGCAUGUUCACCACACAGUUCAGUUGCCGGACGGUUAUCUCAAACGCCCUGUUCACCAAGGCAAGGCACAAACAAACAUCAACUCGAUGGUAUUCAAUCCUUCUAAAAGAGCGCAGAAGAACCCGCUGUUGCGCCCGCAGACAAUGGGGCCCUGUAUGGCAUGUGUGUGCAGCAAGAAUUGCGCAUGUCACGAAUUGGGAGGGUCGCCCGACUGCCCUAAAUGCAAUUGUCCAAAUGUUUGCAAGUGUAGCAGCCCAGAAUGGGUGCCUUGCUUUACCUGUGGCUCGGUGGAAAUCUGUCAGUGCCGUAUCGAGACCAAUGCCGGCGAUUUGGUUGAACUGAUACAGUACCCCAUCAAGGGAGCCGGCAUUCGGGCCCUGGCCAGCUUCAAGGCAGGCGCUGUCCUAGGUGAGUAUCUAGGUGAAGUUGUUCCUAACGGCAGGAAAUGCACUGACGAUAUUUAUGCCCUGUCGCAGGUGGGCUUUCAAGCAAUGUCCAGCACCGGAAUACCUAACCCCAAACCCCUUGCCACUACAACAUCUGCCUAUGUCGGGAAUUGGACCCGAUUCAUCAACCACCACUGUGAAGCAAAUUGCGUCUUUGUGCCAGUUAUGGUUGGUGACAGGGUCACGACCGUUGUUGAGGCGACUCAAGACAUUUCGAUUUUCGACGAAAUUACAGUAAACUACGGGCCACAAUAUUGGAGGCAGAGGUUUUGCUAUUGUGGAAGCAAGAACUAUAGCUAUGCUCGUGGACCAUCCACUCCGCCCUUGCUCGAGUCGACCGUCGGUGAACAUUUUGCGAAGAUCGUGGGGGAACAUGGUGAUAGAACUGCUGUCGUCUCAAAACACCAGAAUGAUCGCGUAUCCUAUGCCUCGCUCGAUACUAGGAGCAACGCCCUUGCUCGCGGUUUAGAGGCUGUCGGCGUCAGGAAAGGCGAUCGUGUCGGAGUGAUGCUGGGAAACUCGAUGGAAUAUGCGGUGGCAACCUAUGCUUUGUUCAAACUGGGGGCUAUUUUGGCCCCACUGAAUCCUUCAUUUAAUUCUUCACAGGUGGUAUCUGCACUAAGCCACCUCGAGUCCAGCCACCUGAUCAUCAGCGCCGAGUCUAACCUUCCUCGCAAAAACCCUCGUAGCAAUUUCCCACUCCUGGAGCAUUUGGUCAAUGAUCUAUCGUCUUCGAGAUUGGAAUCAGAAUCGGUCCCCUCACUGAAAAAGAUUAUUCUCGUUGACAACUCUGCUGGUCGAUUUGAUGCAUCUUCAUAUAAGAGCUUGACCCCGUUCUCGUCGAUAAUGUCCCAGUUGGCAGCUGAUGGUCAUUCAUUACCUUCACAAAAUCUCUCUCCACACGAUAUUGUCAACAUCCAAUUUACUUCUGGUACCACUGCCAUGCCAAAGGCAGCUUGUCUGAGCCAUCGAUGUUGUUUGCUGCCCCCGCCAUUGUUCCAUUGCUUUGGCUGUAUCUUGGGAUAUAUGGCAACGGCAACCCAUGGUUCUUCAAUUGUCUUCCCAUCCGAAUCCUUCAAUGCCCGCGCAGCACUCAAAGCAGUGCAAGAAGAGAAAUGUACCGCACUUUACGGCGUUCCAACAAUGUUCCUGGAAGAGCUGAGCCUCAUCGAGACUGGAGAGAUCUUGGGCGAGGGCUUCCAGUACUUACGGACUGGUAUCGCUGCUGGCAGCAGUAUCCCUGCGGAGCUGAUGAAGAAGCUUCAUAGGGUUCUGAAUCUCACAGAGCUCACCAUUUGCUAUGGCAUGACUGAGACUAGCCCUGUCUCGGCAAUGACGACUACCGAUGAUCCUAUUAACAAGAGAAUCAAUACCGUCGGAAGACUUAUGCCACACGUGGAGGCUAAAGUCGUGGACCCAGUAGACAAAACUCGAAUUCUCCCGGUUGAUACGAGGGGCGAGUUAGCUGUCGGUGGGUAUCUACUCAUGAAGGAGUAUUGGGGAGAUCCCGAGAGAACGGCCGAGGUGAUGAUUGCCGAUGAAGCUGGGAAAGUUUGGAUGCAUACUGGAGACGAAGCAUCUAUGUCGGCAGACGGCUAUGUGACUAUUACUGGUCGUAUUAAGGACUUGAUCAUUCGCGGCGGGGAGAACAUCCACCCAUUGGAAAUUGAGAAUUGCCUGCUUGCAAACCCUGGUGUGGCCGAUGUUUCUGUAGUCGGAGUGCCAGAUGAGCGAUAUGGCGAGGUUGUUGCUGCUUUUGUGGUUGCCCGAGAGCAAGCCUCCAAUUCGAUUACCACUGAACAGAUCCAGAGCUGGGUUCGCGAAAAGCUGAGUAACCACCUAGUGCCUAAGUAUGUCUUCUUUCUUGGACCUGCCGAUUCGUUUCCCAAGACCGCAAGCGGGAAGAUCCAGAAGUUCAAACUCAAGGAACAGGCUAUCAAACUAGUCGCAAGGGGCAAAGGAGCCAUCACAGAUAAAUAG